AUGGGCAAAACAGACAACGGCUUCUUCCGUGCCCCAGUCGGCAGCUCAACAACAUCUAACCCAGCCAACGGCAAGCCCUUCGAACCAGUCUUUCCCAUGCCUUCAACCAAUAACACUCACUCCAUCUUUCAGCAGGAGGAGACACUGCGUGCAGCUACCUUUGCGGUCAGAAGUCCUCAAGAUUGUAAACAAAAUGACUCCGCCGAGUUUUUGCAGGGAAUCGACUACGAUGAUUGCCACGACUACGCCUCUUCUUUUGACGCUGAAUUUACUCCGUUUGCGGCGAUGGCUUCUAGUGUCGAUUUGAUACUGGCGGUGUUGCAGCUGGGAAUGGAGAACGAGCGGUUGGGGAAUAACGGUGCUUUCAACGGGGCUACCGCUGUUUUUUCUGUUAUGCUAACUAAUCAAGCUGCUUGUGGUGGUGGUGGGAGCGGUCAAGGUAGCCGUAGUAUGUAG